AUGAAUUUCAGGUUCCAGGCACUGUCCCUAUUGCAAGAUCCCCGAGCUUUGGGGGGCUGCUGCUGGGUAACCCCAGAGGCCCGGCUGCACCUGAGAGAGGGGGAGUAACAUUCCCGCUGCUCCCCCCAGGAGACUUUCCCAGUGCAAAGACCCCAGCCUGGCCAGGAGGGAAGACAGACCUUCCACCUCAAAACAAAGAGCUGGCGACCCCAAACCUGGGCGGGAAGACCACCCCCAGUGAGCAGCCCCUGCUCUCAGUGAGGGCACCGCUUGGAGGGAAGGGCUGCAGAAGAUCAACCCAAGGAAGGGAAAUGAUGGCAGCAGAUUCGGUGCAGGUCGGGGAUUUUCAGCAAGGUUUUGCUAGAGAAGAAGGGGCAGAAAAUACACACGUGCAGGGGCUGGUGACCUUCGAGGAGGUGGCUGUGUAUUUCACCCAGGGGCAGGGGGCUCUGCUGGACCCCGCUCAGAGAGCCCUCUACAGGGACGUCAUGCAGGAGAACUAUGAGACGGUGACCUCGCUGGGUAAGGGAUUCCCGUCCCCUCUGCUAUUAGAAGCCGUGGGGUCUGUGAUGUUUCCAUUUCUGGUCUUUCUCAAUCAAUUAGAUGAGCCCCGUUGUCACCAGACCCCAUGGGAAAGAGACGUCCCUCUCCACCCCACUCCCAUGGGACAGGGGAGUCAGCAAGGAUUCCCCCUUCCCAAACCUGAGCUGAUCGCCCGGCUGGAGCGAGGGGAAGAGCCGUGGGUUCCGGAUCUCCAGGCCUGCAAGGGAAGGGAGAGCCCGAGAGGCAGCCGCACAGCAGGUGAUGGGAUGGUGAGUGAAAACACGGAGGAGAAGCCACAGCAGGAAGGUCCUGAGCAAGUGGAACCACGUGAGACAACAUUGGAAAGAUCUGAAGGGAAUUUUACCCAUGAGCGGCAAAAAACCUGGGGAAAUGGGCACAAGCCAGAGAGGCAGCUGGGAACCCAUCCAGGGCAGAAAGUGGGUAAAUCCACUGAGCAUGGGAGAGUUUGCAAAGACCCCAAGGAAACCACAGCCCAGCAGAGAAUCCCAUCAGGAGUGAGAGACAACACAUGCUCCGAGUGCGGGCAAAACUUCAACCGGAGCUCAAAUCUUAUUUCACAUCAGAGACUCCACACCGGAGACAGGCCUUUUAAAUGCCUUGAGUGUGGGAGACGUUUUAAUCAGCGAGAGCACCUCGUUAGGCAUCAGAGACUCCACACGGGAGAAAAGCCCUAUAAAUGUCUGGAGUGCGGGAAAAGCUUCAUUCAGAGCUCCCAACUUAUUACACACCAAAGAGUCCACACGGGCGAGCGGCCCUACAAGUGCCCGGAGUGUGGGAAAAUGUUUAGUGAUGGCUCAGCCUUUAUUAACCAUCGGAGAAUCCACACGGGAGUUAAACCCCAUAAAUGCCUCGACUGUGGGAAAAGCUUCAAUCGGAGCUCAACCCUGGUUAGACAUCAGAGAACCCACACAGGAGAGAAACCCUUUAUAUGCCUGGAGUGCGGGAAAAAGUUUAGUGACAGUUCAGCUCUUAUUGUGCAUCAGAGACUCCACACUGGGGAUAAACCCUUUAAAUGCUCCGACUGUGGGAAAAGUUUCUUUCAACUCUCACGGCUCCUUGCACAUCAGAGAAUCCACACGGGCGAGAACCCCUAUAAAUGCCUCGAGUGCGGGAAAAGGUUUAAUGACAACUCAAACCUUAUUACACACCAGAUUAUCCACACGGGAGAGAGACCCUACAAAUGCCUGGACUGUGGGAAAAGCUUCAGUCGCAGCUCGCAUCUUAUUACGCAUUACAGAACCCACACUGGAGAGAGACCCUAUAAAUGCCUGGACUGUGGGAAAAGUUUCAAUCAGAGCUCAAACCUGAUUACACAUCAGAGACUCCAUACAAAAAAGAAACCUUGAC